AUGACCACUCCAAUCUGCGAUGCCAUCUGCCUGAUGGAAGUCAACGCAGAAAAGGUCAUCCAUAACUUGUAUUACUUUUUACCAUCAUCGUUUAAUCUCGAAUCCAAUAUUCAAUACAUUGUUUUAAAUUGCUUACCAGAUACACCAAUGCCACCACCAUCGUACUUUAUAUUUUCAUCAUUGAAUUAUCUUUGUUAUUGUUAUUACUUCCAAUUCCAAGAAAAUAAUUAUGUCUUAAUUUUAUUAUCGAAACAAUUACUUCCAAAACUGUUAUUUGAGUUUCUUCAUGAUUCAAGCGAAUACAUAGAAACACAGACAUCAUUAGAAGACAUUGUUAAACACUUAUGGGAAACAAUAUCAGUUUAUACACGUACUGAUAUCUUUUCAGGUGGACAAACUUAUCAAUUUCCAACCGGAAAAGAAAUGUAUACAUCUGAUGAAGACUCAACUGAAUACGAUUGUUAUGAUCCAUUUAAUGAGUUUCCAAUGACUUCAAAGAUCCCAAUUCUAUGGAAAGCCUUGCUCAUUGGCGAACCCGUAAAGCUUUUAUCCAAGAAUGAAGUCGAUUUAACACACGCACUCUUUUCUUUGAUGAAUAUAAUUAAUCCUUACAAAUUCGAAGGCCAAGUUUUGGUGGUUUUAAACCAACAUGAUCCUCGUUUGGCCCAUGCCUCAGAUUACCCAAUUACUGCUACUUUAAGCAACAUUUCUCGUUCAGCAAAAGGAUCUUUCAAACAUACGAUAUUCCAGGGCCAGUGUCUUCCAGGAUCUAAUCUUGGAAUGAAGAAUGCCCUGUUGGAGCGAACAGAAAAGGUCAGAACCGUUCAUGCUUAUCUUAUGGACAGAGAAAUCAUGGUUAACCCUUAUAACGAUAUAAUUAACGGUACUUAUAUCGGCGACCAACUAAAAGAUGAAAUGAAAAACUAUAAACAAAAUGGAACUUUAUCACCCCAAGAAAUGUACAAAUUUGGGUUAACGCAGACAGCCAUUAGAUUCAGAUUACGAAAUACAUUAAGAGAAUCCUUCAGAGAUGCUGUUUUAUCUGUUCCUCCUGAAGAUUUUAUGAAAAGAUUAAAGAAAGAAGAUUUUCCGACCAUUAUUAAGUUCAUUGAGGACCAUUUGAACGUAUACGAGAAAGAUCAGCAUAUGUUUUCUGUCUUAAAGAAGCACAAAAAGUUAUUUAAGCAACAAUUGAAAGAACAAUAA